GGUAGGCGUUUGGAGCUUUAGAGUCGCAGAAGCUGCACGUAUCUUCGGACUCCUGGAUUUCCAAGUCGUACUGGACUACACUCGGUUCAGAGCAAACAGCUGCACCUCCUACAAGGAGGGCAUCACCCCAGACAAGGCCUUGCUGACAUUCGCACCGCAGCUACAUACACGUACCUAUGAUGAAGUACGUACUAGCGCCGAAGCUGGUAAUUACGCCGACUGCCUUGAAGCUGGCAUGAGGAAAUGGACUGGAUGUGGUACGACCGAAGACCGCGAGGCAGCCGAACGUUGGUGGAUACGCAUUCUCAGAGCAGUUGACGAUCCUGAAUGUUCUGUACCACGGAAGGUCAGGGUUCACGCGGCUUCAUGUCUCGCAGCUUCUCAAUGGGAAAAACGAAUCGUUGAUGAUGGGGAUACUUGGAACGUUGACUGCGUCUCCCGCGCUGCCUUCUUUGCUAAUGAAGCCAUAUCAUACGGCUUCACUUCUCCAUCAACGUUGUACGUAGGUGCAGGCAUCAGAAGGCUGCUGAACACGCCUCGUAUUCCGGGCGUGGACUACAACCGUUUCGAUGAGUUCAGCUUUUCGUUCGAGGCCAUAGCUAAGCGCGAUGAAGAGGUCGUCGAGAUCGCAUCUAGAAGGGAAGCCAAAGUGUCCAAAGCCCCAAAUGCUUAUCAUUGUGCAACCCCUGGCUGCGGUAUCGAAGCUACCAAAAAGUCGGGCCUGCUCCGUUGUGCAGGCAAAUGUCCAGCUGAACUGAAGCCGUCUUAUUGUAGCAAGGAAUGCCAGAGAGCGCACUGGAAAGAUCAUCGCAAGGUCUGCAAUCCUGAUGCAAGGGCCAAGGAAGAGCAGUCGAGACAUCCAAAUCAUCGUCCUCGUACGUCCAACUCGCCGCCGACGCUCAGUUCAGAGAACAUAACGGACAGAAGAACUAAGGGUAAAGAGCACAUUAUCAAAUGGCCAGCCCCAGCACUUCCAGGUGGCAAGGUGAAAGUGACCACCAACACGUGCAGUCCUGCCUUUAUGAAGGAUGUCCGGGAUAUUGCGACGAAUGAGGCUCGGACAGUUGUCCGACGCCAAGCUGCUUGAAUGUAGACGAUUAGUCGUUUAGAUUUCUAGAAGCUAGAAAAUACACUCAGAAACCUACU